AUGGAGUGGACCCAAGACCAUGAUUUGAUGUUGCUGAGAGAGACUGCGUUUGAGGACCCUUUUCAAUUUAAAAAAGGAAGUCCUGACAGAGGUGAAGUGUGGUCGAAGAUAGCAAGGUCGCUCAAUAGUUCUGCAGAAUUAAAGUUUGCCGUAAAGUAGAGAUCAGUGAGGGAGAGGUUUGCACUAUUACAAGCUAAGUAUAAAGAAAAAAACAAAAAGGAUGAGGCAAGCAGUGGAACAUCAACACAAAUGUCAGAAUUGGACCGGUUAUUGGAAGAUUUCACUGAGAAAGAGAAAGAUAGCGAAGAGAGUAGGAAUGCUGCAGCUGCUAAGAAAGAUAACCAAGACAGAGAAAAGGCAGAAAGCAUUAGAAAGACAGCUAUGGAAAGGGUAAGCCAGACUAAGAAACGACAGGAAGGGACAGAGCGUGAAGCAGUGAGCACUAAACGAAGACGCAGAGGUGGAGAUGAGACUAUAGAAUACCUUAGAGAAAAAAGUGAGGCAGAAAGAAAGGUACGAGAGCAAGAACUGGAACUGAAAAAGGCAGAGGUGGCACUACAGGAAAAGCGGGCAGAGCAAGGCCAGACCCAGAUGCAGGAGAUGUUGAGAGUAAUGCAACAACAGCAACAGCAGAGUCAA